UCGGAAUUUAGUUAGUGGGGCAAUAACGAAGUGCCUAGCACAACGCCAAAAUCACAGAAGGAACCCAACCCAACGACUUCAGAGCGUCGAGCGAGAUGCUAUGUGGUUCAAGAAGUACAGUCAGGAAGCACACAAACAUGCAUGCCGUGCACUCUACAAAGCGCUGCUCACGCACAGCGUGCACCUACCCAUAGAGCCACAACUAAGACGCAGCGCGACAUCGCAAAUCCGGCGGCAAUUCCGCAAAUCGCGGGCGUUACAAGGGCGUCCACAACGCAAAGCACUCGAGGCGGGGUACGAAUACGAGUCACUUCUGCGGCGGGCAUGCCAAUCUGACGGCUCAGCGCUGACCUCGGUGACCACCGCGCUGGCCGCCCUCCUCGCCUCGCGCAAGGCGCGGGUCUUGGCUACGACCCGCCCUCCCUGGCCUGUACACACACCGCCGCAGCCGCCGAACCAGCUCACGCCGACGCGCAAGAAGAAGAUGCUAGCGCUGACGCUGACGCCGCGCGAGAAGGCGGUGCGGUCGGCGGUGGUGCGGGCGCGCCCGCCGCGCAUGGGAUGUACCAAUGGCCUGCCCGUGCUGAAGCGCCCCGGGAGGAAGAUCCCCAUGUGGGUGUCUAGCAUCAUCAACCAGAAGGUCAAGAGGAAGGUCCGGCAUUGGGAUGUCAUGGCGCAUGUCCGCGACAAUGUCAUGUACUACGCCGAGAUGGAGGAUAUGUGGGAUGAGCAGUUGGCGCGCGCGGGUCUGGUGCGCUGGAUACCCGGCGAUGAUGCCACUUGGAUGGAUGGCGCGGAGCUGUAUCGGGUCACCCAUCAGGAUUGGAUGCAUGCUUCCGAGAGGAGGUCGUAUGCCAUCACCGAGCGGUUCCAGUCGGUUAUCGAUACCGAGACGAUACAGUACCACGAGAAACUGCGGACUGGACGGGUAAAGAGGAGGAACGAGAAGAAGAACCAGAUCGCCAGGCAGAUGGAGCAGCGACUCAAGGGGCUCGAGCAGGAGUGGAAGAGCAUGAAGGACAUGCAUGGUAUUGAUACUUGAAAGAAUUGAGAUGGCCAUCACAACGUAUCACUGUAAUCGAAUCCCGACGUAAACAGCGG